UAUAGGACUAUUCAUCCUGUGAAAUACUUGCAGGACCAUCUGGCACAAGAUGUUCGACCAGAUGGUAGACAAUUUUUAAGUUUUCGCCCAGUGAGUGUAAAUAUUUCAUCAAUCACACAUGCUGACAGUUCUGCUAUAUUCAAAAUUGGUAACACAACUAUUGUGUGUGGUAUUAAACAGGAAUUAGCUGCACCUAAAGCUGAAACCCCAGACUGUGGUUACGUUGUGCCAAAUAUUGAGCUCCCUCCAUUAUGUUCUCCGAAAUUUCGACCAGGCCCACCAAGUGAUCAUGCACAGGUGUUAGUAAAAUUAAUAGAAAAUAUUUUAAGAAAUUCAGCAGCUGUUGAUUUGAAAGAUCUUUGUAUCUGUAAAGGCAAAUUAGUAUGGGUUUUAUAUUGUGACCUUAUAUGUAUUAAUUAUGAUGGAUCAAUAAUUGAUGCUUGUAUU